GGUGAGCCGGGAAACCCUGGUGAAAAGGGCGCCCAGGGAGAUAGAGGCCCUCCUGGGAUAUAUGGAGGGUAUUCGGGCAAGAGCAGUAGUAUGACCAUGCCAGGACCUCCAGGUUCUCCCGGAGAAAGAGGAUCCCCCGGACCCCCUGGACCCGCAGGUCUUCCAGGAAUGCCAGGAGCACCGGGAACACCAGGAACAGCGGCUGAAACUGUUAACUUUGAUGAGAUCAAGAGGUUAAUCAGACAGGAAGUCACAAAAAUCUUUGACGAAAGAAUGGCGUACUACCUAGCCCGAAUACGUACUCCAGAUUCAACCAGCCCAGGAAGGCCAGGACCCCCUGGUAAAAUUGGACCUCCUGGUCACCCGGGGCAGCCAGGCCAAUCUGGAUUACCUGGACAACCUGGAAGAGAUGGACGGCCUGGGUUACCUGGGCCAAAAGGUCCGAGCGGCCCAAAGGGAGAGCAAGGUGAAAAUGGAGUUGGCCAUCCGGGUGAGCCAGGUGCACCGGGCCCUCCAGGUCCAGCAGGACCCCCAGGAUACAGCAAAAUUGGCCCACCAGGUCCAGCUGGCCAGCAGGGAGUGCCAGGCAUGCCAGGCCCACCAGGACUUCAAGGAGCAUCGGGGAAAAAUGGGCGCUGCACACCCUCUAACUGUAUCAUGAGGGUACCUGAGCCUUACAACGUCAAGAAUUCAAAAGGACCAUCUCAUUGGAUGAAUUAAUAAAGACUUUUCAUCAUUUGCGUUUUUGGGAGGGGUGUGGUUAAAAUGUCAGAUUUCUCUUUCCUCAUUUUAUUUUUCAAUGAAUCACGAGAACAGCUGUUGGAGGGAAGGCUAAGUAAUAAUUUCAGUACCCAGUGUAUUGGUAUUUGUACAGCUUUCUUCAGCCUGUUUUCCUCCCUGCAAUUAGACCCUGGUAACCUUUUCAAAAACCACCAGGGCUGCAUGCUUGGAAGCCAGUGUGUGUCCCUGGGUGUUAUGAGACACAGGUCACUUGUUGGGGACAUUUCAAAACAGUUUCAUUACAUGACCUCCCACAGCCCCUCCCACCCACAUCAUUGUCCAUUUAAUUCAUUAAUCCUCACAAUGCCCAUCUCCUCAUGGCCGAUGAGGAAGUGAAUAGACUCCCCCAAUAUAAUUGGAUAAUUCUCCUCAGUUCAAAAACCUUGCUCCUCUGACUCCAAUAUUUUUACCACCUUUUGUCAACAGAACCACUGAAAGGAAGUUGAACAAUAAACAUGUUGCGUUUUCUCAUGAUGUGCUUUGUGAGCUUGGCCGUUAACAACUCCAGGGCAUUCUUGGAGAGUUGAUCACCUGCGCUCGGAUAGUGGCUUCAGUUAGAUCUGGCCAUUUGUGGAAGAAAGUCUGAACUGAGUAUGCUGUUUAGCAGCACCCACUGCCCAUGUUUGCAGUGUUGACAGAUUUGAUCAAAAAUAAACAAAAUGUAUCAAGAGUUUAUUGAUAGACCAGUCCAACAGCCCUCUCUUCCAGUCCCAGAUCCUCUCCUUUCAAUAAUUAACUGCCAUGAUUCUAUUCCCCGUGUUGCCUUGAUUAUGUGCACUUAAUGACACAGUAAACUACAAGGGGACAAUUGAAUUUAAAUAUCCCAGAAUGAAAGCUUGAAUUUCUUGCACGUGCCGACUGUGUACAGUGUGAUUUGGAGCUCCCUGCACACAGCACAAACUUACUCACAAAUCCAGAUUCAGAGAGCUGACGAAAAAUGCUACAGCUCUCACAAAAGGUACAGUGAGAGAUGUCGUCUUGAACCAUCAGAUUGGUGCAGUGACCUGUGUUUGUGAGUGAGUAUGAGGGUCAAUGGGUGAUUGGAGGCUGAAGCUGCCUCCACCCAGGAAUGGACCCCAGCAACAGGCUGGUGCAGGAAAUGUACAAAUGAACCUUGGCAGCAUGACAAAGGGGAGCAGCGGUUUCAAAGCAGCUCAGAACUAUCCAGAGGCAAUCCAGUUCAGACACAGAUGGAUGUAAUGUCAUUGUGGGUAAAUAAAAACAAUUUAACUUCUGUAUCUAACACUGGGCCCUACCUGUCCUAGGAGUGUUUGAUGUGAAUUAAUUUUAACUUGGCUAUCCCAAUGAUAAGUUGUCACAAUCAGAUUCCUGGGCCUAUUUUACUCUGGAUGAGCUUUCUGUUCUCAAACAAUUCGGAUUAUGAAAGCUAGGUGAAGGUGAGGUUCGAAUAGCCAGAAUGUGCCUGGGAACUGUUCCAUUCUCUCACACUGACUUAGCAAUAUCUGUGCGAGCAGGGAACGUCACCCUGCACUCAGAGCUGAUCAAUCUCACUCCCUUUCUCUUAAUUAAAUAGACAUUAAUUCUCCUUCCAUAUUUAAGUAGAGGAUUGUAAGCAAAGUGCCAGGGGGUCAGAAAUUGGGGUUGUUGACUUUCCCAUUGCUCUGUGCUAUCCCAGUCUCUGUCCCAGCUGUUGGUACAGGCGAUGGCUGAUUGUAGGUUUCUCAUUUUGAUGUCUGUCUGCCAGCUCCUGCAGGUACAGGGGAAUACUGGUCCUUGUACAGUCAGGCAAUCCAACAUAUAGCUAAUGGAAGCAGGUCUUCCUGUCACGCGUGUGCACACACACACACACACACACACACACAAACUGCAGCUCAGUAGUCACCACCCUCAACUACUACCUCCUCUGACAUUAACGUUUAUCCUGCCAAUCCCAGCUGUGUACCAGCUGGCACUGGCAAAGCUGUCAGCCUGAAUUAGGAACAUUGUCUGAUGAAAUAGAUCCUCACAAAUGCAUGUUAUUGUAACUUCUAAACGUCAACUGUUGGAGAACAGGGAGUUUCUCGAGAGCCCUGUAUUGAAGAGCAUUAAAGAGAAUUUUGACAGA